UGGAUCUUAUCUAUUGAUUUUGAAUAACAGAAAAAUGACAAGAAAUUUUAUUGAGGUGUUUCUAGUGGUUUAAUCUUCUCAUUAGAUAAAAAUACAACUCAAAUACAUAGUGAAGUUAUGGAAUUAAUCCCACUGGGCUAUGCCCAAAAAAAAAAGAAAACCCACUGAGGACUUCUCAGGUGCCCGGCCAGGUGGGCUACGGGUGAGGAGUCCACCUUCUGGCCCACCGAACGACGGGUAAGGCCUCCAAGCAGAUCAAUCUGACGUUGGGCAUGGUCCACAUGGACUCGAGAUAUUAUUUCAACACCAUCAAUGUUGUUUACAUAUUGAAUGUACUAACAUUGCUAUAAUUGCCUACUAUUUCAGGAAAAAUCGAUCUCUGAUGAGCCCGUCGCUAGUUCAAUUGAUACAUCCAUUAGUUUGGGUUUGGGCCUCUAUUCUCAUACUGCUGACGAUCAGAAAGAUCUCAAGCCAUUAUUGGGGAUUGACUUGUGUCAUACAAGGGCAGGCUAUGUCACGAACGAAGGAUCACUAUUGAGUGAUCUGAAAAAAGAAGAAAAUGCAAUAGUGUCGAGUGCAGUGGAAAAACCAGUAGCCAUGCAGAAGCAAAGGGCAGAAAGUGAUUUUGUGCCAAUGCAAAGCAGUCGAGAUACAGAGACUGAACUAUUUCCUUGGAUAAUGAAUAAGGACGCCAAUCCUCAUGCUGUUUUGGGAAAAGUUCAUUCAUAUUCAUCACACUCAGAGUCAGAAGUUGGUUCACAUUACUCAGAAUCGGAAGUUGGUUCACAUUGCUCAGAAUCAGAAUCCGAAGACACUGAUGAAGAGAUGAAGAUUGUCUCAAGUCUAGAAUAUCAUAGGAGAGAAACAUCGGAAAGUGCACUUUUGCAAAUGUGGAACACUACAGAGCCAGAGGUUGAACCCUUUUCCUUGAAAGUAAACGAAGACACUGCUUCUGACAAAGUUCAUUCAUAUUCCUUAGAACAAGAAUCUGAAGUUGAUUCAUAUUGCUCAAGACCGGAAUAUGAAGUUGGGGAUAAAAAGGCGAGGAUAAAAGCUAGUCCAGAAUAUAACGAUAUUAUACACAUACCAAAGAUGAAAAAGGAAAGUUCUUCACAUGCUACUUUGGAUGAUGCCGAUGCCUUAAUUGAUAUGUUAGGCAGUGGUGGAAAACAAGAAGGGAGAUCAUCAGAAGGAUGGGGUGCAGUUAAAUAUGACUCUAUAGUCGACCAUCUCAUUAAGUCCAUAAAAAAAUCUAACGUUGAAAAAAUUGGAAUAUAUGGCAGAAACGAAGUUGGAAAAGCUAUUGUCAUUGGAGCUUUGAAGGAAUCUGCAAUUUUGAGAAAUCUAUUUGAUAGAGUCAUCUGUGUUGCUGUUCCUCUAAACUGUGACAUGGAAAAGGUGCAAAAGGAGAUUGCUGGACAAAUAUCUUCUGAUUUAACUGAAGCCAAUGCAGUUGAUAUGCCACAUUCGGAGGUGAAUGCAUUGGAAGGCCUCAAGUUUUUGCUCAUUCUUGUUGGCGUUAACCAACACAUGAAGCUAGAGACAUUGAGAAUUCCGGAAGCAACACUACCAGUUGGUAGCAAAAUAGUCUUUGUGACUGGAUCAGGACGAUUGUGUGAUGAAAUCGAAGUGGAUAAGAAAAUAGGCUUGGAUGAUCUGUUGCUGUGCGAAUUAUUUCGUCAAAAUGUGGGUGAAGUUGUUUAUUAUCCUAAAAAGGCCCUAGCUAGAGAAAUAGUUAGGAUGUGCAGGCCAUAUUCACAUGCUGUUAUUCUAGUGGCGAGGGCACUGCAAAAUGUUGAUGACAUUUUAAUCUGGAAACGUGCGCUUGAAAGACUGAAUGUUCGACCUACAAGUCAUGAAGCAGGUUUAGAAGCUCUUAUGGUUAAUGUGUUAAGAUUCUGCAUUGACCAACUAGAAGAUGAUAAAACUAGAAGAUGCUUGAAAAAUCUUGCUCUUUGUAACAAUUAUGAUGAGAUUGCAUCAGAGUUUGCCAUAGACCUAUGGGUCAGGGAUGGUAUCUUAGACGCCCAUGAUGAAGGCCAAAAAGUCCUUAAAAAUCUUGUCAAUGCUAGCCUACUCGAAGUUGAUGAGAAUAGGCAAUUUGUGAAGUUUCAAGACCAGGAUCAGGAUAUAUUAGUGGACUUAAUAUUUCAGCCCGAGGAAAAUCACGUGUUUCUGAUGCGGGGUGGCUUGGAUUUGACAGAGCCACCAGAGGUUGAGGAAUGAGAGAGUGCAAAAGAGAUAUGUUUGAUGCAUACUGGAAUUUCUGAGCUACCAAAGGAACCAAGGUGCCCUUCACUUUCGUCGUUAUAUCUGCAAAGAAAUUACAAGCUGAGAAAGCUUUCUUCUUCAUUUUUCAAUCAGAUGCCUGCUCUAGAAGUUUUGAAUCUGUCUAGAACCCGCAUUCGAUGCUUGCCAGAGUCUAUAUCUCAACUUGUCAGCCUCAAAAGACUCUUCUUGAAUGAUUGUGUCCUUUUGAGAAGGAUAUCGCCAGCAAUUGGAAGGCUCAAGCAACUAGAGGUAUUUGAUCUUAAGGGGACAAAGAUUAAGAAUCUUCCCAAGGAAAUUGAAUGUUUAAUUAAUCUAACUUGUUUGGGGAUCUCAAUUUCUAGAACCGAACCUUCAAAUGACUCUAAAACAGUGAUUCCUCAUGGAGUAAUAUCUUCUCUAUUACACUUGGAAGAACUUAAUCUCGAUAUGGAUACCGAUGCUGAAU